AUCCGCCAUAUUAGACUCACCCCGCAGGGAUAGCUGCGGAGCUGGCAGGGAACGGUUCUUGCACUGGCCUCCGGCAGGCGCCCCCCGGGGGCGGGGAGCUGCCCCACAGCAUGGAACCACAGGUUACUCUAAAUGUGACUUUUGAAAAUGAAACUCAAAGCUUUCUGGUUUCCGAUCCAGAAAAUACAACUUGGGCUGAUGUCGAAGCUAUGGUAAAAGUUUCAUUUGAUCUGACCACUAUUCAAAUAAAAUACCUGGAUGAGGAAAACGAAGAGGUAUCCAUCAAUAGUCAAGGAGAGUAUGAAGAAGCACUUAAGAUGGCAGUGAAGCAGGGAAACCAACUGCAGAUGCAAGUCCAUGAAGCCCCGCCAUCAGCUGUACCAGAAAAGCGGCCAGUCGUGAGGUCAGGGAAGAAGCCCCUUGCACAUUAUUCAUCACUGGUGAAGGUUUUAGGAUCAGACAUGAAGACCCCAGAGGAGCCUACAGCCCAGCGGUUUCCACUUGCUCCCCGUGACGCAGACCAGCCUCAAGACAAGCCCCCAGACUGGUUCACAAGCUACCUGGAGACAUUCAGAGAACAAGUGGUUAAAGAAACAGUGGAGAAACUUGAACAGAAAUUACACGAGAAGCUAGUCCUCCAGAACCCGUCCUUGGGUUCCUGUCCAUCAGAAGUCUCAGUGCCCAUUUCAGAGGAAACACUGUUUUUGCCGGAAAACCAGUUCAACUGGCAUAUUGCUUGCAACAGCUGCCAAAGGAGGAUCAUCGGUGUGCGCUACCAGUGCAGCCUGUGCCCAUCCUACAAUAUCUGUGAAGAUUGUGAAUCAGGGCCAUAUGCCCAUGACUCCAACCACGUCCUGCUGAAGUUGCGGAGACCUGUGGUGGGUUCCUCUGAAGCGUUCUCUCAUCCGAGGUUCCCCGCCCCUCGUCUCCCUGCUGCUCUGGAACAAGCCAGGCUCCAGAAACAGGUCGACAAGAAUUUUCUUAAAGCAGAAAAGCAAAGGUUGCGAGCUGAGAAGAAGCAGCGAAAGGCAGAGGUCAAGGAACUCAAAAAGCAGCUGAAACUCCACAGGAAAAUUCAUCUGUGGAGUUCCAUCCAUGGACUCCAGAGCCCCAGGUCCCCUUUGGGCCGUCCCGAGAGCCUGCUGCAGUCGAACACCCUGAUGCUCCCUUUGCAGCCCUGUGCCCCAGUUAUGCCGACCCUCAGUGCAGCAUUUGUGGAUGAGAAUUUGCCUGAUGGGACUCACCUUCAACCAGGAACCAAGUUUAUCAAACACUGGAGGAUGAAAAAUACAGGAAAUGUCAAAUGGAGUGGAGACACAAAGCUCAAGUUCAUGUGGGGAAACCUAACUUUGGCUUCUACAGAAAAGAAGGAUGUUUUGGUUCCCUGCCUGAAGGCCGGCCACGUGGGGGUUGUGUCUGUGGAGUUCAUCGCACCAGCCUUGGAGGGAACGUACACUUCCCAUUGGCGUCUUUCUCACAAAGGCCAGCAGUUUGGGCCUCGGAUCUGGUGCAGUAUCAUAGUGGAUCCUUUUCCCUCCGCAGAGAGCCCUGAGAACAUUGAAAAGGGCAUGAUUUGCUCAAGCAAAGCUGAUGAACUCACCUGCCAGCAAGAGGAAACUUUUCUUCUGGCUAAAGAAGAAAUUCAGCUUGAUGAAGCGACUGAGCAGACCAAAGGGACAGGAACCUGCAUCGCACAGAAGACAAACCAUGUUGCCAGCGAGAGGGAGCUUUAUAUCCCAUCCGUGGACCUUCUGACUGCCCAGGACCUGCUGUCCUUUGAGCUGUUGGAUAUAAACAUUGUCCAAGAGUUGGAGAGAGUGCCGCACAAUACUCCCGUGGAUAUGACUCCCUGCAUGUCUCCUCUGCCGCAUGACAAUCCUUUAAUAGAGAAGCCAGGCUUGGGGCAGAUACAGGAAGAGAGCGAAGGGGCGGGAUUUAAAGUGCUUCCCGAUCCCACAGUGUCAGUGAAGAGGAAGGCUCUGAACAUUGCCUCAGUGGAGGAAGCAGAAGAUGACCUGAGUGGGACCCAAUUCGUGUGUGAGACCGUAAUCCGAUCCCUUACCUUGGAUGCUGCCCCGGAUCACAACCCACCUUGCAGACAGAAGUCCCUGCACAUGAAAUCUGCCUCCCCUGCAGAGGGACCACUUGGAGAUGAGCGGGAGGAGGUUGUCCAUAGCGCCAAAGAAGCUGUUGUGGAGGAGGAAGAGGAAGAGGAAGAUGAACUCAAAGAUGAAGUUCAGAGUCAGUCCUCUACUUCUUCAGAGGAUUACAUCAUCAUCCUGCCUGAGUGCUUUGACACCAGUCGCCCCCUGGGCGACUCCAUGUACAGCUCUGCACUCUCACAGCCAGGCCUGGAGCGAGGGGCUGAAGGUGAACCUGGGGUUGAGGCUGGGGAGAGACUCACUGGAGGGGAGAACCAGCUGCAGGAGCAGAGCAUCAACAACAUCCUCAUGACCUCACAGACUCUGGACACAGUGCCCCUCAUCCCGGAGGUGGUGGGGCCUCCACCACAGCUGUCCAGGAGCCUUCCUUGUGCACAGCCAGAUGGUUCCCCAGGAGUGGAUUUACCAGUUACCAUACCAGCAGUUUCUUCAGUCCCCGAUCAGAUCAGAGGAGAGCCCAGAGGCUCAUCAGGACUUGUAAACAGCAGACAGAAGAGCUAUGACCACUCAAGGCAUCACCACCAUGGGAGCAGCAUUGCUGGAGGACUGGUGAAGGGGGCUUUGUCCGUUGCUGCUUCUGCAUACAAGGCUUUGUUUGCUGGGCCACCAGUCACUGCCCAGCCAAUAGUUUCUGAAGAUCAGACAGCAGCCCUGAUGGCCCAUCUCUUCGAAAUGGGAUUCUGUGACCGGCAGCUGAAUCUCAGGCUGCUGAAGAAACACAAUUAUAACAUCCUGCAGGUUGUGACAGAACUGCUCCAGGUCAACAACAAUGACUGGUACAGCCACCGCUACUGAGGAGGGGCCUCGUAUUAAAUCACUUUGCCUGCUUCUCAUAGGUGAUCUUUAUUCUGUCCUUGGGCAUAGGGGAGAAAGCCCUGGCUUAUUUUUUAAUCUGAUGAAUCUCUAUAGAGCCCAUUUUUGAAUUCUCAAGACAGUACCUGCAUUACAGUAUUUUUUGGAGCAAAUCAAAGACCAGAACUGAAGCAGAGACAUCGGAUGGAUGAAUUGUAGGAAAACGGUUUUUUCAGUUGAUUUGGAUAAAGCUCCUGUCUCCAUUUUUGUGCAUUGAAGAGCAUAACUUGAACUUCCUAUAGAACCGUUUCUUUUUCUGCUUGUAUCAAAGUUGAGUAUUUUUCUUUGGUUAAAUGUGGAUGUUUCUAUGGGGAUAUCUGUUGUCAGUUUUUAAAAGAAAUUAACCUUGGAAGUUGUUUUCAAGAAUUCUUACAAUUUUUCUAGCCUACCCCAAGCCUCAUAGCUAUGCUGUAUUGAAAUGACAUGGAGG